AUGACACAUGAAAUCAUCAGGGUAGAUCAGGGACACCUGGAACGAUUCACUGUGAAUGGCUUACAGAGGCCAGUUUUGGCUCAAUUGGGUGGAAACCUAGAACUUAGUUGUGAGUUAUCUCCUCCACAACAAGCAGAGCAUAUGGAAAUUCGCUGGUUCCGGAAUCGCUAUAAGGAGCCAGUGUACUUGUAUAGAACUGGUCAAGACCUACUUGGAGAAAUUAUCCCCAAGUAUGUUGAGCGGACUGAACUCCUGAAAGGCGACAUUGGAAAAGGGAAAGUAACCCUCAGGAUCUUUAAUGUGACUGUUGAUGAUGAUGGAUCCUACCAUUGCUUUUUUAAAGAUGGCAAGUUCUAUGAAGAACACAUCAUGGAGGUCAAGGUCACAGGCACAAGCUCAGACAUACAGAUUUUUAUGCAUCCCCCUAACACCAAAGGUGUGAUGUUGGAAUGUCAGUCAGGAGGUUGGUUCCCAGAGCCUCACAUGGAAUGGAGAGACAGCAAAGGAGAUCUCAUUCCAGCUACAUCAAAAUCUCAUUCACAAGAUGAAAACAAAACCUUCACCAUGAAAAUGGCCCUCCUUGUUGAGUCCAAUUCCUACUGGAAUGUUACCUGCUACAUUCAAAACCUUGUAACUCAUCAAGAAGAAAGCAUAAGUAUUGUCCUACCAGGUGAACUGUUUUCAUGGAAAAUUAUUUGGAUAAUGAUUCUGAGUAUAUCAUCAUCUGUGAUGAUUGCCUUUCACAUGACAGACUGUGUUAAACAACAUCUAGUACAUGGUGCCAACUCUAAGAAAACUUAUUCUUGGAAAAAGAGUGAAAUUAAAUUCAUAAUUUUAGCAUUAGCAGCUGCAACAGGAGUGCUCAGUUUGCAUUUAUUUCAAAGAGUCCAAGUUUCAGAUAAAUAUUUUGAAUUGGACACUUUGUGGUUGGAAGAUAUUAGUGUGAUCCUGUGUGUGCUGAUAGUGUUCACCAUGAAACUCAUGUCAUGGGUUUCCUUCAGAUUGCAUGAUCCCUUAUAUUCCGUGUACCAAAGCUGGAUGUUUUAUAUGGCAGUGGUCCUAGGAUCUCUGCUGGCAGUUUUUAAUAUUGAAAAGAGUGUAAUAUUAUUGAGAAAAGUAACAUGUCUGGCAGGAUGGAUCCCAGAGCGAAGCAUUACCAAUGUUGUGAUAUUAAGAUCAUUAGAACUAUUGGGGGAUAUCAACCCGCUACCGCAAGAUGCCCCAGAAGCUACCUGUAUUAAUACUGCUGAAAAUGUUGCACCAUCUACUUGA